CAUCUGUUCCUGACUGUUUAUUCGGGAUUUUGAUCUGUUUCGUUUGAGGGUUUUCAGACACACCUGUCUUCCACACGGCUUUUAUAAACUGAACCAGGAAGUGUGAGCUGCUGUAAGUGAGUGUGUGUGAGUUUGUCCUUCAGUAAAAUGGCAGAAGCGAGUAUUUUAGGACUUCAGGAUCAGUUCAACUGUUCAAUCUGUCUGGAUCUAGUCAAGGAUCCAGUAACUCUCUCAUGUGGACACAGUUUCUGUAUGGUCUGUAUUAAUGGCUACUGGGAUCAGGAGGAUCAGCAGGGAGUCUAUAGCUGUCCUCAGUGUAGACAAACCUUCACUCCAAGACCUGCUGUGAGUAAAAACACCAUGCUGGCUGAAGUAGUGGAGACGCUGAAGAAGACAGGACUCCAAGCUACACGUCCUGCUCAGUCUACAGCUGGACCUGAAGAUGUGGAGUGUGAUUUUUGUACUGAGAAUAAAUCCAAAGCCAUCAAGUCCUGCCUGGUGUGUCUGGCCUCUUUCUGUGAAACUCAUCUCCAGCCUCACUAUAAAUCUCCUGCCUUUAAGAAGCACAAGCUGGUGGAAGCCUCCAGACGACUCCAGGAGCAGAUCUGCUCUCAGCAUGACAAACUGCUGGAGGUUUACUGUCGGACUAACCAGCAGUGUAUCUGCAUGUUGUGUAUGUUGGAUGAACAUAAAGGACAUGAUACAGUAUCAGCUGCAGCAGCACGAGUUGAGAAACAGAAACAGUUGUUGAACCUGCAGGGAACAUUCCAGCAGAAAAUCCAGGAGAGAGAGCAGGAGCUUUUGGAGCUAACAAAGGCUGUGGAGUCCCACAAGCAAUAUGCUCAGACAGCAGUUCAGGAAAUUGAGAGGAUCUUUUUUGAUCUGAUCAAAUCUAUUAAGACAAGACUCUCUGAGGUGACACAUCAGAUCAGAGCUCAGGAGAAAGCUGCAGUGAGUCGAGCUGAAGAAAUCAUCAAGCAACUGGAGCAGGAGAUUGCAGAGCUGAAGAGGAGAGAUGCUGAAAUGGAGGAGCUUUCACAUGCAGAAGAUCCCAUCCAUUUCCUCCAGCAUUUUCAGCCUCUCAUGACCCCUCCUGUAUCUGCAGUAUCACCAACCACCACCAUCAGUUCUUUACUCUCAUUUAAAGAUGCAGUAAAUUCUUUGUCUAAGUCAAAAGUGGAGCUGGAAGCACGUUCUAAAGAGCAGCUUGGAAAGAUAUCAGGUGAAGUGAAGAAAAUCCUGAUCCUGUCCCCUGAAAGAAGAGAAGACUUUCUGCAAUAUUCCUGUCAACUCACACUGGAUCCCAACACAGCAAAUGAUCGCGUCAAUCUGUCUGAUUCAAACAGAAUGGCGACUGACAGAAAUGUCCAAUCAAAUCCUUCGUAUGGUUUUGGUAGACAGACAGUAAGGCAUGAAGAAAGGUAUGUACAUCCAGAGAGCUUUAACAGUUUCUCCCAGGUGUUGUGUAGAGAGAGUGUGUCUGGAUGCUGUUACUGGGAGGUGGAGUUGAGCGGGAAUAAAGGAGUUAAUAUAGCAGUGUCAUAUAUAGACAUCAGAAGGAAGGGAAAUAAUAAUGAAUGUCAGUUUGGACGUAACAGAAACUCCUGGAGUUUGCUGUGCCAACCAUCUACAUGCUCAUUCUUACACAACAACCAAGAAACUAAUAUCCCCAUAAACUCCACACCCUCUAGAAUAGGAGUUUAUGUGGAUCACAAGGCAGGAACUUUGUCUUUCUACAACGUCUCAGACAUGAUGAAGCUCCUCCACAGAGUUCACACCACAUUCACUCAGCCUCUUUACCCUGGAUUCGGGCUAAAUAACAAUUCAACAGUAAAACUAUACUACUGAAAAUAGAUUUUGGAAUAGAUUAUUCUGUAUGAUAAUCAAAUAAACAUAAAUAUAAGAAGCAAGCCAUGCUAUUUUUAAAAAACACUUUCAAAAUGAUGAGAAAUUAAAAAGCUAACUUUUUGUUUGAUAUCUAAACUCUAAAAAAAAAACUAAAAAAAAAUCUAAAAAAAAAAAACUAAACAGUAAAUAGUUGAAAGCUAAAUAAACGCUUUCAACUUAAAAUGGAAAAAUAUUUCAAAUUCAACAUAAUUUUAUGCUCAUGAUCCUUGAAAAUUGUGUUAAAAAUAAAAUAGAAUUAAAAGUAUAGUCUAAUGUUCAUAUCUACCACUGUAAAAUCAUUUUCUUCACUUAGAUUUUCUUGAUAUAAAUAUCCUGUAAUGUCAGAAACACCAUUGCAGCAAUGCAUUCUUUAGCUUUUGUGAUUCAGCAAGGAAGUGUGCUGUUUCUGUUCCAGGAAGUAAUGCUGCCAGGCAGGAUGCUCUCUAAAGGGGCACUGGUGCGUAGAGAUAGUACAGGUGUUGUUAUGCCUUCUUCACUAGUGUCUCAGUAUCAUGUGGCCACCUCAAAUCUUCAGAGAAUUAGGGUACACUCUCCAAAUGGUUUCCACUUCCUCCUGGUAGACUAAUUUAUUAUUACUGGUGAUCAGUUUUAGCACACUGGUGUCAUUAGCAGUAGGACAGUGGUAGCUCAGUAGUAAAGGUAUUGUACUGCUGAUUGCAAGGUUUUGAGUUCAAAUCCCAGUGCUGCCACUCAACAAACCCUCAACUGCUCAGUUGUAUAAAAAAUCUGAUAACUGGAACUUGCUCUGUAACAUGUCAGCUGUUUGUAGUGAUUCCCAAUUUUACAUGUUUGAGCAACAUGGAUGAUGUAUAAUGCAGCUGUUGUACAUUAAAACAAGUGUAAAUGUGUCAAGCAAGCUCCUGGACACAAGCACAUAGUGACCCAGCCUGAUUUAUCAUAUGUACAUAUAAUUAACGCUGACAUAGUGAAUGCUGCUACACAGCUACAGUCAUCAGGAAGUAAAUCAAGAAGGUUCCCAGCCCAAAGCAGCACCACAACUUGUACAUUAUCACACAACUGAGAGAUUUCUUAGCUAAUAAAUACUGACAUCUGUGUAAUCCAUGUCUAUGUAUCAAUGAUUUAUUGCUAACGCUGUUUAAACUUCAUUAUCUACAAUUUUCAAAAUAAUGAUUGUCAAUGUUUUUUUUUUCUAUUUUUAUUGUUAUAUCAUUAACUCUUUAAAAAAGAUUACAUUAGUAUCUAAUUUUACUCUCACUAUAAUUAUCACCAUACAUGUUUUGAUUAUUUAAAUGCAAACCAAGCAUUUUUUUAGUUUGAUUUAAUAUUAUUCUCCAAUAUAUCCUGCAGGGUUUCAGUGUGACUAGAUGUGAGUUUUGGGUUGGGCUGCUAUAUUUCCACCAUUUAAGUCCCAGUCAUGUUGAAAUCUAAUGAGAAACACCAAGCUGUUCUGUAUUGUUCUGUUUGUUUUUGCUUUUUUAUCUGUAUUUUUUGAUCUUCUACAGGCUACAACUGCUCAUUGUGUUUAAUAUCAGGUCUGGUAAACUAAUAUAACUCAAGAUCCACGAAAUGCCAGUAUUGCAUGUUGUUGUAUAAUGCAUUGGCAUCUUAUUUGUUGCUGAAAUGUCCUUUACUAUAACCAAUAAACUUUACUAGAA